AAGUUCUUUUCGAUUUUAAAAGCAACAAUCAAAUAUGUCAUUUGAAUUGAUUAUAUAAGGUCCCUCACGGUCAUGGUGACAAUCGCCAUCUUUACAAUGCGCAGGUGAUCAUUUCCUCUGUAUAUAAAUCAAAAUAAUUAGUUCAUUUCGCAAUUCUGAUUUUUCAAGUUAGUUGAUGAUUAUAUGCCCAAUAUGAUUUUCAGGUUCGUCAUCGCUUUUACGAUUUUAUCUGUGAUUGGUUAUGUUUCAACAGUACCUCUACCUCUUCCACAAAGUCAUGAAGAGCUUCUUAAGGAUUUCUCUCAAUUUCUUCAAGAAAAUGAAGACAUAGCGAAAGCUCUGAGGAAUGCAGAUGUGGAACAUUUCAUGACAAGAAAUCGUCGAGAUGCAGUCGACGAUUCGAUGAUGGAUGUAGAUUUGGCAAAGGAACCACGCCAAAAAGAGGAGGGUUUCUUCGACAGAGCUGCAAAGUUUAUGAUGGAAGUUCUCCAGCGAUUUCUCAAAUGGGUUAACUCGGAUAAUUAAGGAAGGAGCUAUUCAAGCAGUGAAAACAGUGAUUUUAAAUGCUAUAUUCGGUUAAAAUUUGAACUUUAAUACUUGUCGAUUACCUAUUAUUAAUAUUCAUUCGAUAAUGUCUCAAACUAUUUUUGUU